AUGCCUCGAAGGGCUACCAUGCGGUCAGUGUACUCGGAGAGCACGCACAGCAUGGCGUCCUACGAUAACCGCAGCUCGGACUUUUCCGAAGACUACACCACAGAGGGCCACAUUACUGAAAAUGCCGCCACAGAUGGCCACUACACCACCACCGACGACGACUCGUACGACUCGUACUACGACGGCGGCGACAAUGCCUCCACCAUGCGCAUGGCACCAGACACCUCUUCACUGGCGGCAGUCAACUCUUCCGUAGACUGGAUCCGUGAAAAGGACGAAGCCAUCGUCAACCCCGGAGUGGCUCCCGAUCUCCAGGGAGACGGAAACCUGCACAGCAUCCCUCCGGACCACCAAAAAUACGAACAUGGAGCCCCCGCCUUCACCACGGGCAAGAUGUCUGCGCCAUACAACCAGAAGUCUGCUCCAUACGACGGCCAGGAAAUGUCUGGAUUCGUGUCUCCGCAGGUGCGAUACCGAAUGGCACUGUUUCCAGAGGAGAUUGGCUCUGGAAAUGUCCCGCUUGAGUACACGGACGAGCACCAGAAACACCUGUUCGAGACGUACUUUGACUGGGUACCACACCCCCAGAUUGUCAUCCCCAUCAAUCUCUACGAGGUUGUGGAGGUGUUCGAUCUGCUCCAGUCCAAGUUUGGCUUCCAGGUGCAGAGCAUGCGAAACAUGCGUGACCACUUCAUGUGUCUUCUGGACUCCCGGUCCUCUCGAAUGUCUUACAACGAUGCUCUGCUCACCCUCCACGCGGACUAUAUUGGAGGAGAACAUUCCAACUACCGGAAGUGGUACUUUGCUUCCCAGAUGGACAUCACAGACAAGAUUGGAGGAAUAAAUGUCGAUUACUCCGGCAAGUUGACCAAAGCCGGACGUCGCAUGGUCGCUACCGAUACCGUUUGGAACGAAGAAAACGCAAACUUCUCCUACGAGCACAGCAAUCGGAACUGGAAGAACCAUAUGGCGACUAUAAGCCCCAAGGACCAGCUGAAGGACAUUGCUCUGUAUCUGCUCAUUUGGGGUGAGGCAAACCAGGUUCGAUUUAUGCCUGAAUGUCUCUGUUUCCUGUACAAUUGUGCACGGGACUUUUGUUACUCCACCGCCUUCGCUACUGCCCCUGACGUGGAGGAUGGUGUCUUUUUAGACACUAUCAUCACACCCCUCUAUUCUUUCUACAGAAACCAGAGGUACGAGAAUUUCGAGGGCAAGUUUAUCGAUCGUGAGCGCGAUCACAAGGACGUGAUUGGUUACGACGAUAUCAACCAGCUGUUUUGGUACCGCCAGGGUCUCUUACGCAUCAAGCUGAAGGGCGGAACUAACCGCAUUUUAGACUUGCCGGCUUCAGAGAGAUACAAUGCGUUGUCCACCGUGGAUUGGACCACGUGCUUCUACAAGACUUACCAUGAGUCUCGGUCUUGGAUGCACCUGGCAGUCAAUUUCCACAGAAUCUGGAUCAUCCACUUCUGUGUCUUCUGGUUCUACACGGCCUUCAAUACGCCGUCACUCUACACAGAGAACUACUCCCAGGAGCUGGACAAUUUGCCCCCAGCUCACGUGAGAAUCUCGGUGGUCGGAUUGGGAGGAGUUAUGGCACCAUUGAUCUGCCUGGUAGCUGUUAUGGGUGAGGCCGUUUUUGUGCCGAUGAGAUGGCCUGGACGUGAAAGAGUUGCAUAUCGGCUCUUCUGCCUGCUACUCGUGACAAGCCUCAACGCUGCACCCGCUGUGUUUGUGCUGUUAUGGUACUCACGAACAGAAGAGAAUGGCCAGGCCCUGAUGAUAUCCAUCAUUCAGCUGGUCAUUGCCUUCGUGACAGUGCUCUACUUUGCCUUCACGCCGCUCAAAAGCUUGUUUACCUUCUUCCCUAAAGACAAGUUCAAUCGUCGACAGCUUCCUACGAAAUUCUUUGCCUCGUCAUUUCCUCCUUUAAAGGGUAAUGAUAGAUGGAUGUCGUAUGGCCUGUGGGUGUGUGUAUUUGUCGCCAAGUACAUUGAGUCUUACUUCUUCAUGAUUCUCUCUCUCAAGGACCCCACACGAGAGCUGGGAUUGGUUGAGUAUGACAAGUGUGUGGGUGCUGAGUACGUCGGAAAGAUCCUGUGCAAGUACCAGCCCCUAUUUGUGCUUGCAUGCAUGUUUGUCACAGAACUGGUUCUGUUUUUCCUCGAUACCUAUCUCUGGUACAUUAUCUUCAACACAACAUUCUCUGUGAUCCGGUCUGUGUAUCUUGGAGGCACCCUUUGGACUCCUUGGCGCAACACGUUUUCGAGACUGCCGAAACGAAUCUACUCCAAAAUCCUUUCCACCUCUCAUCUGCCCUCCAACAGAUACAAAAAGAGCUAUCUGGUGUCUCAAGUCUGGAAUUCUAUAAUAACUUCAUUGUAUCGCGAGCACAUCAUCUCUCAAGAGCAUGCUCACAGGCUCGCGUAUCAGCAGGAGAUUGAUGGACAGGGCAUGUGUGUGUUAUCAGAGCCCAAGUACUUCGCAUCUCAGGAGGAUCAGUCGUUCCACAACUCUGUGUUUGAUUCUCAGACCGAAGGCGAACGUCGUCUUUCAUUCUUUGCACAGUCCCUGGCCACUCCUAUCCCAGACAAUUAUGUCAUUGAUGAGAUGCCUACGUUCACCGUCCUUGUUCCUCACUACAACGAGAAGAUUCUGCUGUCGCUGAAGGAGAUCAUCAAGGAGGAUGGCGAGAACUCACGAGUAACACUGUUGGAGUACCUCAAGCAGCUUCAUGCCAAUGAGUGGGAUAACUUUGUGUGUGAUUCCAAGCUGAUGCACGACUUCAUGCACAACAACGGCGGCGAAGAGGUUCAGGGCAGCUACCAGGAGAAGAAGGAUGGUGGGGAGGAUGGUCUUCUCAAUGUGCCGGAGGUAAUUCACAAGCGGGACCAAAAGAGUGGCAAGUACGACAAUCUGCCAUACUAUUGUGUCGGUUUCAAGUUUUCGUCUCCUGAGAACCAGAUGAGAACUCGAAUUUGGGCCUCGCUGAGAUGCCAGACCCUCUACCGUACCGUUUGUGGUUUCAUGAACUACUCCAGGGCCAUCAAACUGCUCUACAACGUGGAGAACCCCGAGCUGCUCCACCACUGCCAGAACGACACCCGAGUCUUCAACCAGCAUCUUGACAUGAUAUCCCGUCGUAAGUUCAGAUUGCUUGUUUCUAUGCAGAGAUUGAGCAAGUUUGAUGUGCAGGAGACUGAAAAUCUGGAGUACCUGCUCAAGAUGCACCCCGAGCUGCAGGUGGCUUAUCUGGACGAGGACCCCAGCCAAGGUGGACGAGAACCGAUCGUGUAUGCCUCUCUCAUUGACGGUGACAGCGACAUUCUUGACAACGGCAGACGGAAGCCUCGGUACCGAAUUCGGCUGUCUGGAAAUCCCAUUCUCGGAGACGGAAAGAGUGAUAACCAGAAUGUGGCUCUCAUUUUUCAUCGAGGAGAGUACAUUCAGCUCGUGGACGCCAACCAGGACAGCUACAUUGAGGAGUGUCUGAAGAUUCGGAGCAUUCUGGCUGAAUUUGAGGAGUUUCCAGCUGGAAAUGUGCCUGCUUCUCCGUACGCCAGUCCCAAGGCCAACGAAAAGAACCCCGACACUCUUGCCAACCCUGUGGCCUUCAUUGGUUCUCGCGAGUACAUCUUCUCCGAGAACAUUGGUGUGCUUGGAGACAUUGCUGCAGGAAAGGAACAGACUUUUGGUACUCUCUUUGCGCGUACACUGUCCAAGAUCGGUGGAAAACUGCACUACGGUCAUCCAGAUUACCUCAAUGCCACAUUCAUGGUGACCCGAGGUGGUGUUUCCAAAGCGCAAAAAGGAUUGCACCUGAACGAGGACAUCUAUGCUGGUAUGAACGCGCUCAUGAGAGGUGGUCGAAUUAAGCACUCAGAGUACGUCCAAUGCGGUAAGGGUCGUGAUCUUGGGUUCGGAUCUAUUCUCAAUUUUUCCACAAAGAUUGGCGCUGGUAUGGGAGAGCAGAUGCUGAGUCGGGAAUACUACUACCUCGGCACUCACCUCCCUCUGGACCGCUUCUUGUCGUUCUAUUACGCCCACCCAGGGUUCCAUAUCAACAACAUGUUCAUCAUCAUGUCUGUCGAGUUUUUCCUCAUUGUUGGAAUCAACAUUGCUGCUCUCUACAGCUCCUCAGUUAUAUGUGAGUACGACAGAUCUGCACCCAUUACUGCUGCUCGUGUUCCAGAGGGCUGCACCAACGUGAUCCCUAUUAUUGAGUGGCUGGAGCGGUGCAUUUUGUCCAUCUUUGUCGUCUUCUUCAUGUCCUUUGUGCCACUUUUCAUUCAGGAGUUCAGCGAGAGAGGUUUCUUGAGAGCUGCCACAAGACUUGCCAAGCAUCUGGCUUGUCUGUCGCCACUGUUUGAGGUCUUUUGUUGUCAGAUCUACGCCAAGGCGCUCUUACAAGAUUUGACGAUUGGUGGCGCUCGGUACAUCUCCACUGGACGAGGAUUUGCAACAUCUCGGAUACCGUUCGUAACUUUAUAUUCGCGAUUUGCAACUGCCUCUAUCUACUUUGGUGCGAUAUCACUGCUCAUCAUGAUUGUGAUUAGUACCACCAUGUGGAGAGUGGCUCUGCUAUGGUUUUGGGUGACAGCUGUGGCCCUUUGCAUCUCUCCCUUCUUGUUCAAUCCCCACCAGUUUGCGUGGGUUGACUACUUUGUGGACUAUCGAAACUUCAUUCGGUGGCUGAAUCGAGGCAACACAAAGUGGCACAAGUCGUCUUGGAUUGGGUACACUCGUCUGAUUCGAACCAGGAUCACUGGCUACAAGAAGAAAACGCUCAACGAGAUUUCCGAGACUGACAGUCGGGGAGUGAUGAAGCCCAGUCUGGUGAAUGUCUUCCUGUCCGAGGUUGUUGGCACUCUUCUCUCGGCGUGCUGCAUUACUCUCCCCUACCUGUUCAUGAACUACCAAAAUGAGCAAAUCGACGGGACACCUAGCAACCCUCUUAUGCGACUGGCAAUCUGCACCUUGUUCCCUAUCGUUAUGAACAUUGUGAUGGAGCUGGUGCUAUUUGGAGUGUCUUGUCUUGUGGGGCCCAUUUUCUCUGUCUGUUGUAAGUCAGCACCUGGCACCUUUGCCGCAGUCGUCCACACCUUUGCUGUACUGAACCAUCUGGUUGCGUUUGAACUCAUGUGGUUCUUCCAGCGUUGGAAUGUUCCCGUGACACUUCUUGGUUUCAUUUCAUGCACUUUGAUUCAAGACUUCAUAUUCAAGACCAUAAUUACGUUGUUCCUGAGUCGAGAAUUGAAGCACGACCACACAAACCGUGCCUGGUGGUCUGGCAAGUGGUUCACCGCUGGGUUAGGAUGGAGGAUCCUCACCCAGCCUUGGAGAGAGAUGCUGUGCAAGAAGAUCGAAAGCAGCAUGUAUGCUCUGGAUUACAUUCUUGGACAUGCGCUGUUUUUCGUUCAGUUCCCACUCAUUUUGAUUCCUUUUGUUGAUCGGUGGCACUCCAUGAUGCUAUUCUGGCUGCGGCCCAGCAGGCAGAUUCGGUCACCCGUCUUCUCGACCCGACAGAAGCGAGUUCGAAGACGCAUUGUGACCCGAUACGCAAUUCUAUUUGCGCUGAACCUGCUCGCGAUGACGGCCCUGUUUGUGUUACCCAUUGUGUUCAAAGAUACCCUUGAUAUCGAGCUGGAUAACCAUGUGCCUUGGUUUCUUCGGGGCUUGCAGCAGCCGUUACCUAACGCUCGGCUGCCACUUGGGAAGCUGCCGGAGAAGAAGAUUGAUGUUUAG